AUGGCUGGCAUCGACACCGGCGCCGGCACCGGCAAAUCCUCAGGCCAUCGGAAGCGCAGGGCUCGUCCGAAUGGAUCAUCCCUAAACGCUUCCUGGAUCACAGCGGCUGAAGAUGCAGUCUCAUCGGGCCCCAGCACAGCAGAUACCCCGCAGCCUUCCUCCCUGAGCAGCUCCGACCUGGCUCAGCACCCCUACGAAUCGAAUGAGCGCCAGAGCCUUGUGGCCGAGGAUGAGCAAGUUGCUCUGGCCAAUUCGAAUGUUGAACAUCUCGAUGCUCCGAUUGGUCUCCGGCCGUACCAGCCUGGAGGCCUCCGCUCGUCCGAUUCUUCUCAAUCCAUCGAACGUCCCGGCUCGUCGAGUGGCAUGGCGGUUGACAAUGCCCUCGGCCAGUCGCAAGACAAUUCGUCAUCACGCGAAAGUGCUGCCACUCCGGGCAAAGCAAAGAAGAAGCGCUAUGCAAGCCAACACGACGCGCAUUGGCUCGAGGAUGCCGUCGAUUCCACGCUGCCGCUACCGCACCAUACUUUCGACGAGGCAGCUGAUGAGCCUGUCCGCGAACCACAGCGGCCAGGCCUCCACCACUCCACUCACGGCAGACAUUCAGUCGUGGGGUCCGGUAGCACUCAGUCACCUCAGUCGAAUUCCCCAUCAAUCUUUCGACUACCACACUCGCCUCAUGGCGGCAGCCAAGGCUAUGAUGCCCCUCCAGUUGUGCCUCUUGUGAAGCCGAACUAUUCACCUCAAGGAGUCCUAUAA